CUCUCUCUUUCAACAGCAAAAAACCCAACUUCCGAACAGUUUAAACAAAUUUCCCAAUUAAUCUGUUACGCGCCGUGUAAUUUAUAUGCUCCAUCAGAGGAUCUUUAUUGGCAGAUUCCGAACCGGAGCGAAAACGAAACCCUAAUCUUUCUUUUUCACUUUUUUUUUCCCUUCCCUUUUGAGUGCCAAUGGCGGAUUUGGAGAAGCAGGAGAGGGGGAUUGGAAAUGGGUUUGUUGGAGAAGAGGAGGAGAAGUUUCUCGAGGGGGUGACGUUACUGGAUUUCGACAUGUUGUGCUCGACGGUGGCGAUGCAGACGCAGGGCAAAUGGACCAAGUUGGAAAGCGCCGAAGAUGGUGUAGCGGAACCCGAAUUCGGUGGGGUUUUCAGGAUGUGGGAAGGCGAACUACUCGAUUGCCUCGAGGACCGCCGCAUCGCUAUCGAAUCCACAUGCUGUCCGUGUCAUAGAUUUGGGAAGAAUAUGAGAAGGGCUGGUUUUGGCUCUUGUUUUCUUCAGGGAACCGUUUAUUUUGCUCUUGCUCUUGGUGCCCUUUGCAACUUCAUCGCCUUUUUUGUCACAAAGCGCCAUUACUUUUUAUAUUCAGCAAUUGCUUUCACCAUUUCGACAGUAACGUAUUUGGGCUUCUUCCGCACCCAGAUGAAGAGGAAAUUCAAUAUAAGGGGUGGAGAUAGUUCUUUCGAUGACUGCAUCUACCACCUUAUCUGUCCCUGCUGCGCCUUAUCUCAGGAAUCGAGAACGCUGGAAAUGAACAAUGUUCAAGAUGGCACAUGGCACGGUCGGGGCGACACAAUAUAUAUAGGUAGUUAUGGUGAUGCCAGCCGAUUUGUUGAGCUAAACCCACCUGUUCCCAUCUCAACCAAAUUGCCUGAAGUUGGUACGACUCUGAAGGAUGUGGAGAAUUGCAACCAGUCUUGAACAUAUGCAGCAAAGACGCUGUAAGCAGUGCCUACGACAUGCAUUGGAAUAUAACCGAAGCUAUGAGUCGCCCUGCCAUAUUCUUGCAACGUUGCUCUCAAUUGAGGGUGGUUCAGAAAUUGGAGUUGUUGCUGCUGCUUUGCUUUUUGGGGGUGUUGCGUUCCAAAACUGGCUAGGCUGCACUUGGUGCAGUGGAGAUCAUGUCGUGGAAUUGUGGAUAUUAUUAGAGAUUUAGGGGUUGAAAAUGACUCCCUUCUUGGAUGAAUAUUUCCCUUUCUUUUCCUUUUUUUUUCCUCUCUAUGUUAUUCAACCAUUGUGAAAAACACCCAUGAUAGAUAGCGUGUUCUGGUCGUUGAUAUAACACUCUAAACUUGUAUAUAUUAUACUCAGAUUUUAAUAUCAAUUAGAUGGAUACGGCCCUCCAACUUUGGCUGUUCUGUUUCGAA